GAGCAAGUGAGAGUGACACACUGACAUGCAGUUUCUUUUCAAUAAGGAAAUAGAAAACAUUUAGCAUCUAGAGUAUUUUUGAAAACACAAGCCGGGGGACAAGUUCAAGGUUCUUCAACUAUUAGUAGAGGGACUUCCACCGGCUCUUACAACUAUUCUUAUGACUGAUGCACCGGGCAUGAGCUCACAGACCGGUCCCUGCAGUGAGAGGAGAGGAGAGUGAAAACAGCUUCAGUAAAGCUCACCUGCUUCAUCAGGAUGGGCUGCGCUUGCAGUGGCCAGAAACAAGCAAAAGAGGACAAUUUCUACAAAAGCAAACACAACUCUCAGUCCCCCGACUCGUCGAAUCACAUAGCACGAAGUGAAAACACCGACUUGGAUAAUGACGAUGUGGUGUUUGUGGCACAACAUGACUUCAAAACCACCAACGACAGGGAUCUACCUUUCAAAAAGGGAGACAAACUUAAGGUUUUACAAGAAAACGGAGAAUGGUGGGUAGCUAAAUCGUUGGCGACUGGGCAGGAAGGCUUCAUACCGUGUAAUUAUGUAGUCAGAGCAGAUACACUGGAGGUGGAAAAAUGGUUUUUCAGGGACAUGAGCAGGAGAGACACUGAACGACUGCUUUUAGUGCCUGGAAACAAACCGGGUGCCUUUCUAGUUCGAGAGAGUGAGACCAGUAAAGGGUCCUUCUCACUGUCAGUCCGAGAUCAUGUAUUAGAACAAGGAGAUGUGGUAAAACACUACAAGAUCCGCAGUCUGGACAAAGGUGGCUACUACAUCUCCCCCUCCAACACGUUCCCAUCCCUACAGGACUUGGUUAAAUACUACACCCGUACAGCAGACGGUUUGUGUCAGCGACUGUAUGCGCCUUGUAAGGGCACAACACCCGAGCAGCCGUGGGCAUACGACGAAUGGGAGAUUCCCAGAGACACCCUGAAAAUGGUGAAGAAACUGGGGGCCGGGCAGUUUGGAGAAGUGUGGAUGGGUUACUAUAAGAACACCCAGAAGGUUGCUGUUAAGACUUUAAAGGAGGGAACGAUGGAGCCUGAGGCCUUCCUGAUGGAGGCCAACCUGAUGAAGCAGCUGCAGCACGAACGACUGGUGCGCCUCCAUGCUGUGGUCACUAAGGAGCCCAUUCUUAUCGUCACUGAGUUCAUGAUCAAUGGAUGUCUUCUGGACUUUCUGAAAUCCAAUGAAGGAAAAAAGCUAAAGCUAAAUAAGCUGAUAGACAUGUCGGCGCAGAUAGCUGAAGGCAUGGCGUACAUUGAGGUGAAGAACUACAUUCACCGAGACGUGCGUGCAGCCAACAUUCUGGUCAGCGACACUCUGCACUGCAAGAUAGCGGACUUUGGCCUUGCCAGGAUCAUCGAGUCAGAAUACACAGCUCAAGAAGGUGCUAAAUUUCCCAUCAAAUGGACGGCUCCAGAGGCCAUUAAUUUUGGUACAUUCAGCAUCAAAUCGGAUGUGUGGUCCUUUGGGAUCCUCCUCACAGAGAUAGUCACCUAUGGAAGAAUACCCUACCCAGGGAUGACUAACCCCGAGGUGAUCAGGAGUCUCGACAAGUCGUACAGGAUGCCGUGUCCGGAGGGCUGCCCUGAGGAACUCUAUGACAUUAUGAGUAUGUGCUGGAGGCAGAGGCCUGAGGACCGGCCGACUUUUGAAUUUCUGCAGAACACUCUCAACGACUUCUUUAUCGCCACGGAGGGACAAUAUGAGAUGCAGCCGUGAUUAAAGAAAAGGUUUCCUGCUGAUAUCACGAAGACUGCAAAAUGCCCUAGAGAUAUGAGAGUUGGACACAAUCUUUUACGCCUACCUUCCAAGUGAAUAUGAAAAGUAUUCACUGUCUCUCGCAGCUACAGUAUGAGCUUCUAAAAAGGAAACGUUUUAUUAUACUUACUGUAUUCCUGUUUCUGAUGGCUCACACUCUUGCCAUGAUGUACAGUAUGAGGGGUCUAAUUACGAAUAAUAUACGAUGGAUAAAAGAAGGAUUUAUGGAAACACAAAUACAGUACCGGUACAUGCAUGAUGUAAAAAUGCCUUUGAAACAGAGAAAAUCGGAACAGGUAAAGUUGAAACAUUUGCAUGGUGCAAAAACAGUCCGCCUGAGAAUACAUGCACAAUACUUUGCACUUUCUUUUUCUUAUUCCUUUAGUCAUUCAGCUGAUACAUAAAAAAGGGGCUUUCUUAAGAGAGUUUAUACUUGCAUACAUGUUCUUUGUAAAUACAAAUAUUUACAAUAUUUAGAACAUUGUUUUUUUUCUUGUAUUUCCUUCGGGUUGGUUUAAUUACUUUUAUUUAGUACAUAAUCCACCUAUUACACGGCUACUUACAAAAUAAAAAUAAAUAAUUUGACACAAAA